AUGGCUUGGCAUGCUUGGCUGCCUCCCGCGGACAGGCGACUUGGAGCCAUUGCAACUUUACUCUCAAUUGGAUUUUUCAAUAGUCUUGACCGUCUUCUGAGUGGAUUUGUUCCUCCGUAUGAAGUCGCGUCUAAAGGACCAAAUCAAAUUAUGAAAUGGCGAAACUUAGUUGUAUCUUGGAUCCAUGCUUUACUUGUUGGAUCUUGGGAUAUCCUAUGGGUAUUUCUUGUUUGA